AUGCAAAACCACCACAUCCCGCACUCCGUGAAGAAGUCGUCAUCGCCUCUCGACGUGAUCAACAACCUGAUUCCGUCAGACCAUCCGGCAGUGAAGCGGUUCGAGAAGCUGACGGACGAUUUGGAUGACUUCCUAGAUCACUAUCUGUCCUUUGCCAAACCCUACGUGCCAGCGAUCGGCCGCUUUUUGAUCGUGGCAACCUUCCUCGAGGACUCCUUGAGAAUCACCUCGCAGUGGAAGGAGCAGGUCUACUAUCUUGCCACCUACCGCCACCUAUACGAAUGGGUAGUCAAGCUCUUCCUCUUCCUCAACAUCGUUGGCAUGGUUUCGGGCUCAAUCUUGGUCAUCUUACGUAAACAGCCAAUGAUCUCCUCCUUGAUCUUGAUCUCAAUCGUCUUGCUUCAAGGGUUGGCCUACGGCUUGUUCUUUGAUCCUUCCUUCUUCUUGAGAAACAUCAGUGUCAUCGGGGGCUUGUUUUUGUCCUUGUCCGACUCGUUGGUCAUUGACAAGAGAGCCUUGUCAAUGCCGGGACUCCCAAUGCUCGAAACAAAGGAUUACAACAAGAAAUACUUCCUCUUGGCAGGCAGAAUCAUGUUGCUAGUCCUAUUCUUGACCUUCACCAUGACCAUCUCCUGGUCCUUCAUGAACUCGUUGAUCAUCCUGAUCGGUUUUCUCUCCUGUGUCUCGAUCGCCAUCGGCUACAAAACCAAGUUUGCCGCCAUCAUAUUGACGUUCCUCUUGGGUGUUCACAAUUGCUGGACCAACCACUACUGGACUUACUCCUACAAAGACACAAGAAGAGAUUACCUCAGAUACGAGUUCUUCCAGACCUUGAGCAUCGUCGGUGGACUCUUAUUGAUUGUCAACACCGGUGCAGGUGAGUUGUCAAUCGAUGAGAAAAAGAAGAAAUUCUAG